CGUGGGACUUUCAUUUCCGGAUCAAGCGUACGCAUUUGUAUCUAGGGAUAAACAAUAUGGAGGACUAAGUAAUAUUUUGAUAGUUACAAAAUCAAAAAAAGCAAUCAUGUCUCGAGCGCAAGCGGAGAGUGUGAUAAAAAAUAUCAUCAGGGAAAUCGCACAAGAAUGUGCUAGCAAAGGACAAGCUGUGUCAGAAACUCUUGUUGCCUUUAUGGUAAAAGCUGUUGUUUUGGAUCCAUCAAAUGAAUUCAAUGUGGAUCGGACACUCACCAAAGAUGAUGUACAAAAACUUAUUAAGCUCUGUGUUGACAGACUUAUGGACACCAGAUCACCCUCUCUGGAAACUGUCAAAAUGCAGGUGUAUUUCGACAUGAACUACACAACACGUUCUGAUUUUCUGGAGGAACAUAGGAGGGUGUUAGAGUCUCGGUUACAACCAGUCAUUAGAGAAAUCACCGACAGUCGAGCCAGAACCAGAGAAGAGUUGGAGAGUUUGUACAGAAAGAUCGUCUCAGCAGUGUUACUGAGGUCCGGAUUAGGCAGUCCCACUGAUAUUGCUGUUGUCAGGGAGGCAACUGCUGCCUUACAGAGUGUUUUCCCCCAGACAGAGCUGGGAACUUUCAUGUCACUGACAAAGCGAGAUAAGGAAAGACAACUCCUGGAGCUGACGAUGAUUGUAACUGGAAUUAGAUUAUUUAACAAGGAAUGUGGUAAAGGAGGAGAAGGCAUCGAUGACUUGCCUGCCAUUUUGAAUGAAGCAGUUCCUGCUACCACUCAGAAUGUUGAUGCUGAAAUCCAAGCAACUCUCAAAUCAGCCAAUAAAUAUACAGCUUUGAUUGAGAAGAGCAUGUCUGGAGACUCCAAAGAGGGGCCAUCGUUACAGCUGCUGAAGGAGGCAUUAAUAAAUACUAGACAGCAUGAGGCAUUCCUCCGGGUUAUUCUGAAUGAUGUCAUAAGUUGUGCUCAGCAAGUUGAACUUUUAGAGCAACAGCUUGCAACAAGAAUGGAGCAGCUUCAGGCAACUGUUCAGUCUAAAACAGCUGUUCCUACGGCACAAGUCUAUCCACAGUUUAUCCACCUUUCUCAGCUGUGGAGUGGGUUUCAGGAUGAAAUGGUCUUACUCAGUGUUCUAAGUAACAUUCUGGCCAGUCUAGAACCAUAUACCAGGGGCCACAGAGAAUUGUUCAGCGAUGAAGCACUGAGUCCAUUCUUAGAGGGUGUAAAUGUUAAAACAGAUGAGCAGAGAAUUCAAGAGACAUCUGGACCUGAAAAUAGAAUAAAUCCCAAGGAUUUCAAAGAUUCGGACUGGUUGUUUUCAGAAACCACAAAAAACUUUACCAAACUGCCACUCCAGUACAGGGGUUACUGCGCUUUAUCCUUAGCAAAAUAUGAUCGCCUUCUGAUACCAUCAAAUCCGGAAGUGGGAGUGUUAAGAUACAAGGACCAGUAUUAUGCUUUCUACAACAAGAAUGCAGCAACAGAAUUUACACAGAAUCCUGAAAGUUACAUUCGACUGGUAGCAGAAGCUGCUAAAAAGAGUCCAGAACUGAUUCAGCUGUUAGAACUACACACCCAGUUUGCUUCAAUCACACCGUAUUCACAGGGAAAGGAUCAAGGCCGCAUGAUAGAGAAGCCUGUCACUAAGUGUGAUAGUGGCACACAGACAGACACACAUUUCAUGGAGUCCAAUAUUGUCAAGUCCUACGAGUGGAAUGAAUGGGAACUCAGGAGAAAAGCUAUUAAACUGGCCAACCUUCGAACACGCAUCACUCAUUCAGUGCAAACCAACCUCAGUAACAUGCGAAGGGACACUGCCAUUCAAGUCUGGCCUCCAAAGGAACAAGAGACCCAGACAAAGACGGAUGCCUCCACCAACGUGCCACAUCCCAAGGUUUUCCUGGCCGGAUUACGGGGAGGUGGAAUGUCCACUGCAACCAGUAUGGUUAAAGUGGAUCUUACCCAGGAUGUGGACCAGACGUAGACAUCGUUCUUUUAAUCCGUAUUCAAAAGGAAAUUGUGAGACACAUACAUUCUGACUGUGAUAAACUUGACUUGUGUAUUUUCAGUAGAUUUUCUCUAAAACAAAAGAAUUAACUUUUCAUAGGUCGUCUGAGUCAGGUCACUCAAGUGAUGACCUGUUGUGAUCAGUGCAGGUUGAUUACUGUGUAUUAUACCUAUUACAUUUAACAUUUGAGGAUUUCCAACUACCAGAAACUGCAAUAAACCCAAUUUUGAAGGAGAUUCACUUCUAGUGACACGUCUUAAGUGUAGUUUUCAGUUUUCUGUUGUCUUUAACUCAGGUGACCAUUAUGAAGGCCAAUGAUUGUCUUGUUUAUAUAUGUAUUACAUAAUGUACCUUUGGACAAUUAAAUUUUGACAUAGGCUUAAUAAAGUUUAAUCUGUUUUCA